UCUGUCAAACAGGUGGUGAUGUUCUGCUUGUGCUCUAAAUAAUAUUCAAUACAAACUAUAAACAUUGACUAUUGACAUCUUUCGUAAAAAUGUAAAGUUUUUAGGAGGAGGUUUGCCUCCUUUAAAAUGGAUGAAGUGAACAAAUCCAAGUCGUUGAUUCGGGUAAAGCGUAAAAAAUUGCCUUUGUUUGAAAACAAGCUGAAUGAAAUUCAGGAUAAGUUUUCAGUUCGACUUCAGAAAUGUUUACCAGUGCCCUCUAACCCUCGUGUAGUGCUUUUCAAAUUAGAACAAGAAAGACGAAGAGAAAUCGUCGAUUCUCUCCUGUCCGAUGUACAGAGUUACGUGGACUCGCUGUGUGAUGGCGACGGCGAGGGGGACGAUGGCGACGAGGACUCCAGCUAUGACAGUGACCAGGAGAAUGAUACUCCGCGACACCACGACGUGUCUCGCACCGCCUCGGACACGCUGGGUGCAGAGUUCGCAGAAUACGUGUCGCUACCACCGCAGGGUUACCUGGCCAAGGUGGAGUUCGGCCUCAAGCUCGGCUACACGGAGCGACACGUGCAAGCGGCGCUGCAGAAACUCGGCCCCAACCCGGGCCAGAAUGACCUUCUCGCUGAACUGAUCAAGCUAGGGGCCCAGACUCCGCCUCGGCUCGGCUCUGAGUCGAGUACGGACGGUCUGGAAGAUGACGUGCCCGAACUUGUUGAUAGUGAGGCGGCAUGCAGGUUGAGACACGUCAUCAUAGACGGCAGCAAUGUGGCUAUGAGUCACGGCAACAAGGUAGUGUUCUCCUGCCGAGGUAUCAAGAUCUGUGUGGACUGGUUCAGAGCGAGGGGACACAAGGACAUCACCGUGUUUGUGCCGUUGUGGAGAAAAGAGUCUUCUAGACCGGACAGUCCUAUCACAGAUCAAGAAAUUCUAAAUGAAUUGGAAAGAGAGAAGAUUUUAGUGUUCACACCUUCGAGGCAUUGCAACGGUAAGCGCAUUCAGUGCUAUGACGACCGAUACAUCUUAAAACUGGCCGCUGAGGUGGAUGGAAUCGUCGUAUCCAACGACAACUACAGGGAUCUCAUCCCAGAGAACCCUGAGUACAGGAAGGUGAUAGAGGAGAGACUGCUCAUGUAUUCUUUUGUCAAUGACAGGUUCAUGCCUCCUGAUGAUCCGCUGGGAAGAGCAGGUCCAACGCUGGACAAGUUCCUUCGCAAGGAGCCUCGCAGAGGUGACCCACCACCACCUUGUCCCUAUGGCAAGAAGUGUACGUACGGCAACAAGUGUAAGUUCUACCAUCCUGAGCGAGGGCCGCUGCCGCAUAAGUCGGUGACGGAACGCCUCGCGGAGAAUGCCCAAAGACACCUGCAGGCACGUGGCAGAGACUCCAGUCCAGGAAACCAAUUGAAGGGAAAAUCUCUCAGUCUUCCAUUACAAUCUAGCGAAGGAACUGUGAAGACAGUAAAGAAAACGCCUCUUUCAAGAACCAAAUCAGCUGUGACAACCGAACCUACAAUGCUGCCGAGCUCAAGUAUGGAAAGUUUAGAAGGUUGUUUCCGAGCCCCGCCGAGCUACGCUACACCCCCGCCCUCUAUGUGGGGUCCGUGGCCCGAGGAGGGGGAAAACCUCCAUCGCAAGUUGCAGAGACAACUGACGCUCAACCCUAGUUGUGAUCCUCGACUGUACCAUAUUCAAAGGCAACAUCAACACCAGGCGGUUACUAGAGUGAUGAGUUGUGAGCCACCUUCGUACUCCACACACCAACAUGUAACUCGCAUCGCCUCUGCUCCCCCCUCACAUCCUAGUGUACAGUUGUGUCCUCGUCCGCUAUCCUCCGCCUCCGAUCCUCAACUCAACCUCUCUACUCCUCCUCCUGUACUACCCUCCUGGACCAUCCCUCCUCCAACCACUGCUCAUCCGACAUUCCAUCCGCUCACCCCGAGUUUCGACGAAGCCAGACAAAGACUUGUGUAUCAUCUGUCCUCUAUUUUCCCCGAGGAACAAGUGCAGGCAGCUCUACGAUAUUACCCGAACGAAACAAAUCCUCAGAAAAUUUGCGCAGCAAUAUUGUCAAUGUUUCCUCCAAAACCGUAAUUUAGUAGAUUUAUCAUAGUUAUUUUGCAGUGAAUAGAUGUUACAGUGGUGGUGUUUGAAGUCUAUACAGUUAAGAACCUUACUAUUAAUUCAUAUUUUUUUUUUUUUUCUAAAAGAUUUUUUCCAAAUUUUUUGAAGAUUUUAUUAAUUUAACAAAAUUUUGUUAAAGGGUUAAAGUUUAGCUAGCUUAGCUGAAAAAAUUAGUGUCCAGUUAGUGAUACAAAAUUAUAAAUCCUUUAAAUUUGAAUUUUACUUUAAAUUUUAACUGGCUCUUCAAUCUACUCUAUGAAGAAGUUGUAUGUUAGGAUGAAAUGUUAAAGUUAUGUAUUUAAUCUUACAAAAACACUUUUUCUCUGUAUUUAUCUCAGGUAAGCCAACUGAAUACUAUCCCUUUCCAAAAUAGUUCAAAUCCACCCUCUUGGCUUUACUUUUAAAUAUUAGGCUUAUUAAAGAUUUCACCUACAAAAAACUUAUAUAAUUGUGAAAUAUUUCCAAGAAUAUAACACAUGAGAAUAUUGACAUUAUUUUUUUUCGUUGUGCGUUUCAACUUGAAUUUGUCUACUUUCAAUAUUUUCCCAUCAAGGUAUAGUAUUGAAAAUUUUAGUAAAUUGUGUCUAGAAUAUCAACAAGGAGGACUAACUCUUUAUAUUCCCAGAUUGGAAGUAAUAGCUCAUGAAAGUAGCAUUGUUACUUUCAUUGAAGUUGUUAAUGUUUUCCACAGAUACUGGUUAUGUCUGUUAUGUUCAAAAGUCAUGCUUGGUACGUAGAAAAUUGCCAUAAACAGUCCAUAAAAUGGGAUGAGAUUACUUAGAAUUAGAAUUAGCAGUUUAAUAGUUUUACAGAAUGAAUAUCGAUAUAAAUAAUAGAUUUGCUUCAAAUUAAUCCGUUUUCUACUAACCUCUGCAUAAGAAGUCUAACAAAAUAGUUUUUGCUGGGUAGCCAUUGAUAUUUCCUUGAACAUGCAAGAGUAAUACUGGAAUUAUAUUAAAAAGAGCUGGGAGAAGGAAAAGAGGACUUUAGCGAUAAGAAAUAAGUUUUUAUCUUGUCGGUAAUAAAUUAAUCGUCAUCUUUGGAAACAAUUUUAAAAUAUCUUAAAUGUGUUCAGCACAACACAUUAUUUAUUACAUUUAUUAUGUGUAUUAUUAAACUCCUUGGGUUUGAUUAAUAUUACAAAAGAAUUUGAUUUAGUUUUAAUUUUAUAGGUGACAAUAAUGUUAGGUUCACUAAAAAUUUCAAUUAUUAUUUUCAAUUUUAUAUUAGAACUUUUUUUUAUUGUCUAAGGAUUAUAUUAAAAGAUUAUGUUGAAUUAGUCUCUUUACUAUAAGUUCUACUUUUUGCCUUUUGAUGUGUGAUCAAAUUUUUGAAAAUGGAUCAGAAAUCAUUCUAGCUGUAUAUAAUUGUAUAUUAGAAAUGUUAUAAGUAAUAAUACCCCAACACUAGUUAAUUUGUUAAUCAUUUUCUUUUAGAAAUAUAAAUGGCUUAACAUUUAAUUUUUCUUUAAAUUCGUCCGACAGGGUGUGCAGAAUUAAUGGUUAUUUUAUAACAAUAAUUUGUACAAUAAAAAUAUAUAAAAUAAAUAACCUCAAUUUAGAUUUUUUGUAUAAUUCUAUCAAAAUCAAUCUAUUCUUAUGCUGUUAAACUUCAUAAUAAAAGUUUUGCGGGGCAGCUAGUAAAUAUGGUGAAAUUAAAAUUCACAAUUAACUUAAUUAUUUUAGUAAGUUGUUUUUACAACCACAUAUUGCAUGAAAAAACUCAAAUUAGUCAAACUAUACAAAAUUAUUUGACCCAAUUAGAAAAUCGCUUUAAUUCCUUUGGAUUAUCUAGUGUUGGAGUCAAAGUCUUCAUAUUGAAGAGAGAUAUUCCGUUGUGUAUUUAAAUGUAUACUAAAUGUUAUGAUUUGUAAAACAAAAUAAAAAUGUUAAUCCUAUGGAUCUGAUACCAUGUAUCGUAUGCUUCCCCUUCACUCCAUUGUAUGCUGUGGUUUGUGUAUGUAUGUAUGUCAUCUUGUAAGUUGUAACGUCCAGUCAGUUCUCAAACCGAUGAAACUUAGAGUGAAGAGGCGUGAUUAGUUUACCACACGAGGAACUAAAUGUGUAUAGCGUAGUCUAAGUUGUAAAUAAACUACAUAUUUUUAACCCGAAAAUUGUAAAUUGCACAAGGCUUUCAUGUAAUACAAUAACAAACUAAAACAAAUUGUUGCGGUGGAAAGAAAUUCAGUUUUUACUGAUUUUUGUUUACUAAUUCUAUAGAAAUGACCCACUACUUUAUGUGUUAUGAUUUUACCAUAAAGUCUAUGGUGCAAGGCUACGAUCCUGAGUUGUCAGUGUACAAUACUGUGUAUUGUUGAUGGUGCGUAGUGUGACGAUUGUCCAAAAUGUGUAAUCCUCUUUUAUACCUUCAAAAUAACAGGUUUUGAUGUAAUAUUUUGUAUAGUAUCUUAAACGUUAUUUUGUUAUUAGCGAUUAUAUAUAUUUUAGAGUAUCUUUAAAUAAUAAGUUGAUCAAAUUUUUAUAGAA